UUUAUUCAUGUAAGUAGUGGCGGAGGAUAAUAAUCAUCCUAAACGCGUGCUUACAAUACAAUUUCUACAUGUGCAUAUUCCACCAACCCCAACCCCAACCCCAACCCCAACCCCCGACCCAUCUCUCUCUACUUUCCCCAUUUUUGAGUAAUCGGAGUUUCAGUUAUAAAUCGGCCAUGUCAAUUGACGGUGGAAGAUUUUACUGGGAGAGGAAUUCGGAUGAAAAGGUGAAAGGAAUUGUGAUAAUUUUUGCUUGGAUUUCGAUUGACGAAAGUGAAUUGAAGAAUUAUGUUCAUCUUUACGCUUCUCUUGGUUGGAAUUCCCUUGUCUGCCUUGCCGAUUUCGCCACCUUAUACAUACCUGAGAAGGCUACAUCACUGGCAUAUUCUCUUCUAAGACAGCUCGUCGAGGAACUAAGAUGUCGGCCUUGUCCAGUUGUUGUUGCAGCUCUUUCUGGUGGUUCUAAGGCCUGCAUGUAUAAGUUUUUUCAGAUUGUGAAAGGGAGAUCUGAAGCUCAAGUUAAUCUGGAGGACAGCCAAUUGGUCAUUAACUGCAUCUCAGGUCAAAUUUAUGAUUCUUGUCCUGUUGAUUUCACUGCAGACUUUGGAACACAAUUUGCUGUGCCUCCCACAAUUCUAAAGUUGCCCGGCUCGACAAAGCUACUGUCUCUGGUUGCAAAAGGUUUUACUUCUGGAUUAGAUGCCUUAUUCAUUACUAGGUUUGGGUCCCAGCGUUCUGAAUAUUGGCGCACUCUUUACUCCUCAGUUAGUUUUGGAGCCCCUUUUCUCAUUUUGUGCUCAGAAAAUGAUGAUAUUGCUCCAUAUCAAUCUGUAUGUAAAUUCGCUCACAGCUUGCAAGACAUGGGGGCAGAUAUCAAAAUGAUAAUGUGGAAGGGUUCCUGUCACGCAGGUUUGUACAAGAGUGAUCCCAUCCAGUACGGCAUUGCUAUAGAUCAACUACUUGCUCAUGCAGCUUCAGUUUUCACUAGCAGAAUUAAGAAACUAGUAGAGAGAAAUGGCUUGGAUGAUAUGCAUGAUGAGAUAUCUCACUUGAUUUGUGACCUCCAAAAUGCUGCAGCUGACUCGAACGGAAGUUUUAGAAGAGUUGCAGGGGGGCCAAAUGAUCACUUUUUCUUGCCAAGUUCAUCUGACCGACAAAAUGUUAGUGAUUCUGGCUCUUCCUCCGAAGAAAGAAAAGAUCUGCCCAUUUGGCCAAAUCCCAGUUUAAGUGCACACACUGUGCUUGGCCAAAUCCUUUUUGAUGCUUGUGUUCCUAAGAAUGUUGAAGGUUGGGAUGUUAAGUAUACUUCUUCCUUAAAAUGCCAACCCUUUUCCUCAGCACGUAAGCAUUCACCACUAAAUGCCAUCAAAUACUUCCGCCGCUCACGGUUAUGAGGCCAUUUCUUGUGGAACUCACUUCGGCCUUUUGCAUUACUUCGAGAUGCACUGUAUGACUAAUAUCAGAAUUUUACCUCUAUGAUCUAAAAAGUUUAUGAUGUGAAACAUUGGAGGUCACUUUUCACGGUGAACUAACUAGAUGAUCUGAAUUGGCUCAUUACUAGCAUAAAGUGGACAGGUUAAAUAAGUAACACAACUCCUAUCCUAAUGGUAUGGGCAGACAUGAUGUGGUGUGUGUAUGCGAGCUGUUAAUAUAUGGAAAGCAACAUGUACCAUUUGAUUGGUCUGGGAAGUGUUUGAGCCACUCUUCACUUGCUUCAGGCGAUAUGAUGACGAUAAACUAUUUGGGGGCCCUUUGGAAGUGGUGAUAUUAUAUGUUGUACAAUAACAUGUGCGCAAGGCACUUUUGCUUGCUUCUGGGGAUAUGCUGUUACUGUGUGAGAGCCUUUAGCAACUCCUGAUGUUUAUAUUGUACAGUAAAAUGUACAUAACGUAUCUAUUCUGAGGUAGACUUGUUAGCAUAUGCGAUAAAUACCGUAUAACUUUGCUGUAUAAUUAUAAACCCGGAUCAGCUAUGUACUCUGGCUGUGUAUAUAUCUGGAAAUUUUGUAAUUUUCUCGAACUCUGUUAUGGGUCGGAAAACCAUUCCCCUAUUUCUAAUUAGGUGAUGACUUCCGGAAGGCACAGAAUGAGAAUACCAAUUGAGAAUACUGUAACAUGUGAUUCCCUUACAUCCA